AUGAUAUCAUCAGCUUCACAAAGAAAGACAUGGUGGAAAUUGAAGAAGACGGUGAAAGUCACAAGAUCCUAUCCAACCUUCCCUUCCCUGAAUGCCUGGGAAGAGUUCACGAGCCUCUUGUCUGUGGAUGGGGAGCCAAACCCUGGUGUGAGCCUGGGUGUGGAGGAGGGGCUGCUCUGUCAGAUGCUUCACUCACCAGAAUUCAACCUGUUUCCUGACUCAGUGGUGUUCGAAAGCAACUUUGUCCAGGUGAAAAAGAGCAGCAACUGGAUUGACAUCUACAAAGCCUCCUACACCUUGGCCCUCGGGGUGACCUCCUCUGUGCCCUGUCUGCCCCUUCCCAACAUCCUCCUCAUGGCCAGUGUCAGAUGGCCCCAGGGGCAGAGCCCGACGUGGAACAGACCAUCGACUGCCCCCAACAUCGUCCUAAAGAGAAUUCUCCCCCUGAAGUUUGUGGAGCUCCAGGUGUAUGACCGGCAACACCGUGUUCUGCGGCUAAGGACCGUCACCGAGAAGAUCUAUUACCUGAAGCUGCACCCGGACCAUCCUGAUGCUGUGUUCCACUUCUGGAACCGCCUGGUGCAGAUUCUGCAUCAGGGUCUGUCCAUCACCACCAAAGACCCGAGGAUUCUGGUCACUCACUGCCUGGUACCCAGGAACAGCUGCAGCCCCUCGGGAGACUCCCAGUUAGAACAGAAGAAAUUUCAAGCCUCCCGACCUAGCGAGAGCCUCAUGCAGCUGAUGGCCAAAGGGGAGAGUGAGGCCAUCUCUCAGAUUUUCGCUGACUUGCACCAGCGCAACCAGUUCAGGAGCUGCAAAAAGAACAAGACCAAGGAGGACAGAUCAGGUAAGGAGGAUGGUCCUGAUGAAGACAGCAUCCCAUGCACCCGCAUCCUCAGCUGGAGGGAUUCAUUCACCUAUGGAGAGUGGGAAAGAGAAAACCCCUCCGGGCCACAGCCCCUCUCCCUCCUCAGCACUCUAGCAGCCUACGCAGGGCCAAGGCUGACCCCACUAAUAGGAAAUUCUAUUUGAGCCGCCCAUUCACACUGCGACGAAUCCAUGAGGCCCUCACCUAUGCCACACAGCAACAUCCAGCUUUCUGAGGGACUCGUGGAAGGAAGGGGCGGAG